AUGCGCAAACCUGACCUCACACUCCGAAGCCUCAUCCCACCAUCCAUCUAUCCCUUCACGACAUCAUGGUUGCUCCCACCGCUCGCCCUCGCCCUCCUCCGCCUCUUGUUCUUCGCGUACUGCCUGGCCACGCAACUGACCAACUGGAUAUAUGACGGGAUCCAUUCCGCCUCGUACCUCAUCGGUCAGGAAUUCAGUUACUUCACCGUCCUGACGUACUGGGGCAUCCUCUUUUACAGCCUCGUCGCGGGCACACACACCCUCGUGUAUGCUCUCAGAGGUCGAUCGUGGCUCGAAUCCUGGCCGCGCUCGACUCUCCAGGCAUUACAUUCUUUCUUCUACACCACCAUCGUGACACUGCCAUUCCUCGUGACCAUCGUCUACUGGGCGGUGCUCUACGAUGGACCAUGGUUUCCCGUCACAUUUGACGGUUGGUCAAACAUCUCGAGGCAUGCUCUCAACUCCCUUUUCGCUCUGUGCGAACUCGUCCUGCCCGCAACUCACACUCCGCCACUCCUUCAUCUCGUCGGACUGAUCAUACUUCUCCUCUUGUACCUCGCCCUCGCAUACCUUACGCAUGCCACCCAGCAUUUCUAUGUGUAUAGCUUUCUUGACCCGUCAAAAGGUUCGGGCAAAGUGACGGGAUAUUGCUUCGGUAUAGCUGCAGGUAUAAUCGUCAUAUUCUUCGCUGCAUGGGCCGUGAUAUGGCUUCGGCAAAGGUACACUGGCGAUGCUAAGAGGAGCAAGAGAGAUAUAACUAGGCAUACACCCGUAGAUCAAGAGGUGGAAAUGAGUGCGGAUAUAGAACGGGCCAAGUAG